AUGUGCAAUGUCAGGAAAGGAAAAUCCAAGGUCAUCGUGCCUAAUAGUACAAUGCAAAAAUGGAAGGAGGCAUGGAGUAGCCCAGAGUUUAAAGCCAAGAGCCAUCAGUUCACUGCUAACCGCUGUAGUGAGAUAGGGGGAGUUGGGGCAGGCAUCUCUAGACACACAGGGGGUUCAGUUUCACAUGCUACUCACGCAGAUAGAAUGGAAGCCAAGCUUGGCCGAAGACCUUUUCCUUAUGAACUUUUCCAUAAGACCCACACUAGGAAAGGCACCUCCGAUAUGGUUGAUUCACGAGCGCAAUCAAUUAAGGAUGCAUUUUUGGCGCUUAAGGAGCAGUCGUCUCAACCACAAGAGGGGUGCAGUGACCCUCCUAUUGUAGAUGAGGUCGCACUAUAUUAUCAAGUUGUGGGGGGGGAGAAGAAGAACAGGGUUUAUGGCAUUGGAUCUCAAGCAUCAAUUUUUUACCCUAGCUCAUCACAUGGAUCAUCUUCUACUGCAUCCUAUUGCGCUCAGUCGGAGGCAAUGGAGGAAGAGAUUCAACAAUUGCAUCGCAUGGUAACGCUCAAGGAUAGUUUGGUUGCAAUGGAGGAGAGAGACCGACAACGCGAGUUGAUGCUAGAGGAGAGAUAUAGACAACGUGAGCGGACCUUUGGAGGAGCGCAUGCAACAAAUGAUGCAAAACAUGAUGGCACAAAUGAUGCGAGUAGCGAUUCUGCCCAAACUCCAGAUGCGACUCAUCAGGAUGAUGGUAGAGAGGCUGAUAGUGGUGAUGAGUGA